GAAACGGAGAAGUAUAAAAGGAGCUGCAAGUCGAGAAGAAAGGCAGAGAUCUACCAGCAAGCAACAUGUUCUCUUCUUUGCUUUUCUGCAGUUGUUUCAUCGCCUUCCUGUCCGUCGGCUCCAGCAGCCAGGAUCAAGUAGACUACACUCCAUAUUCCACCCUGUUGGCCCUUCUCACCGGAAAUGCCGAUCCAUCGGCUGUUGAAAGCCCAUACAUAAGAAGACUUCCAUCGCCAGUACGACCUUACUAUACCAAACCUGUCGCUGAUUAUUCCUCGUAUUACCCAGUGUAUCCGCCGCAACCAUACCCUGAAAUGUUUCGCCAACAACUAUUCGAACGAAGGUUUCAUCCGGAAGACCCAGAAGCUCAAUUCUUACGCUCUGAUUCGGAUUCUCGUUUUCUCGGAUUGAAAGCCAAUGCAAUAAAAGGAUUGCUUACAUCCUUGCGAGGACCACCUGGUCCCCCUGGUCCUCCAGCUCCGGCACCAAUUCCAGCAGGUCCAGCAGGUCCCCCAGGUCCCCCAGGCCCUCCUGGUCCUGAUGGCGCUCCUGGCCCUGAUGGUGCUCCUGGUCCUGACGGCAAUCCUGGUCCUGAUGGUAAUCCCGGUCCUGACGGUAACCCCGGCCCCGAUGGUAAUCCCGGUCCUGAUGGUGCUCCCGCACCAGCACUGACAGCAGUUAGAGUUUAAAAUGUCUAAAGUCUUCCUAAGAACUUUGCAGUUAACUAACAACGGUAAUGGGGCGGCCUGGUUAGGUUAUGGAAUUUCUGUUAAGAUAUUAAAAGGGACAAGUGAACCAAUAUUAGUCAACUUCAAUUUUUAUCGAACAUGAAGUUGUAACUUUUCAGUAUUUACCAAUAAACGAUGUCAAACAA